GCUCCCCUCCAAACGUAUCGUGCAUUCUAGCGGAGGAUCGCUAGUAGCUUCCAGCGCACAGUUAAAUACACACUACUAGAAAUUGAAUCCGUACAACACUACUAAUUAGCGCGUGUAUAAUUAAUACAUAAGCAAGAGAGGACAGGACGGGCGAAAAGGUGCAUCAUUUUGUGAGAAGGUGUGCGUGAGUGUGCCAGAGAGUAGUGAUUAAGUGUUGAAGAAGAGGCCAACAACAUGUUUGAUGUGUUUGGCUCCGUUAAGGGGCUGCUGAAAAUCGAUGCAGUCUGCAUCGACAACAAUGUGUUUCGUCUGCAUUACAAGGCGACCGUUGUAAUCCUGAUUGCCUUCUCGUUGCUGGUCACAAGCAGGCAAUACAUUGGCGACCCCAUCGACUGCAUAGUUGACGAGAUUCCUCUGGGAAUCAUGGACACCUAUUGCUGGAUCUAUUCGACUUACACAAUACCGAACAGGCUAACAGGAAGAGUUGGCCACGACAUCGUGCAGCCGGGCGUUGCGAGUCAUGUGGACGGCAAGGACGACGUCAAAUAUCAUAAGUACUACCAGUGGGUUUGUUUUGCUCUAUUCUUCCAAGCCAUGCUCUUCUACGUGCCGAGAUACCUGUGGAAGACUUGGGAAGGCGGCAGAAUCCGCAUGCUCGUCCUCGACCUUAACUUUCCCAUCGUCAGCGACGAAUUAAAAACGGACAGGAAGAAGUUAUUAGUGGAUUACUUUUCCACUAAUUUGCACAUGCAGAAUUUCUACGCGUACCGCUUCUUCAUAUGCGAAGUUCUUAAUUUCAUUAACGUCGUAGGGCAGAUCUUCUUCAUGGACUUCUUCCUCGAUGGAGAGUUCAGCACAUACGGCAGAGACGUGCUGGCAUUCACAGAAAUGGAACCCGAGGAACGCGAGGAUCCGAUGUCAAGAGUGUUUCCAAAAGUAACGAAAUGCACCUUCCACAAAUACGGUCCAUCCGGUUCGGUUCAGAAGUUCGACGGUCUCUGCGUUUUGCCAUUGAACAUCGUCAACGAGAAAAUCUACGUUUUCCUCUGGUUCUGGUUCAUCAUGUUGAGCGUCCUCUCAGGCAUCUCUCUGAUCUACCGUCUGGCCGUUAUCAUGGGCCCGAAACUCCGUUUGUACCUUUUGCGCGCCAGAUCCCGCAUGGCCGACAACGAAUACAUUGUAAAAAUUGCGAACAAUUGUCACAUUGGCGACUGGUUCGUUCUUUACCAGCUCGGAAAGAACAUCGACCCUCUGAUCUAUAAAGAAGUUAUAGAAGAACUAGCCAUGAAGUUAGAGGGAAAGGAAGAACCCUAGGGUAAUUUUCCACUUCGAAAUCUAAAUUUAAUAACAUUUCGAGACAAUAAUGCACCGUGUUUUCACGUGCCUUUACGAACAUUUUCGAAUGCAGCGGAAACUAAUAUUGAGCGUAAACCAUCCUAUAUAAAUAUACACAACAUAUCGAUCUACCUGCAUAAUUAAAGCGCUACGACAACAACAACAAUUAAGACCCACAAUUCAUUCCACAGCUAUAGGGACCAAUUUACAAUUGUUCUGUGAUGACAGAUAAAGACUGUUGUUUUUUAUUAAUAAUAAUAUAUAUAAAAAGAAAAUAAAUUGUUAGGAAUUUAGGUCGUGACGUUCAAUCAACACGGACUGAAAUUCGCUUAUUUUCUGCUACUCAAGAAUACUUCCAUUACUAUAAUCAUUUUAUAUAUAUUUAAAUGAUGAAAAGCUCAAAAAAACUGUCACUCAUUCCAAAAAAAAAAACAACAUUGUUCUUCUUUCUACUCGCAUACAUUAUCGUUUAUUAUUAUUAUUUUUCGUGUAUCCUUUUCAGUAGCGUAAUUCUUGAAACUGCCAAAACUGCAUUAGCAAUAGUUUGUUAUGUUAAUAUUAUUUGUUCGUCAUUUAAUUUAAACGAAGCACAACUGUGGAUAUUUAAAUACUAUUAGAUUUUUAUUUUAAUUUUCCGCUAACUUUCAGAGACUCCGGAAGGCGCGGGUGCGACAAAAUGAUGGCAUUUUUUUAUAGGGGGUGGAAAGUACAAACAAAAACAAAACAUUUUUCUUUUUAAUUUUAGUUUAAUACUUUUUAAUUUUUGCAAUAAGGAAAAGUGUUUCUUGUUUUGUCGCAUCAUCGAAAUACGGGAUUGAAACAAGUCUCUGUGAUAAAUAUAUGAAAAUGCAUUGCUCCCUUUUUUUUUCAUUUAUAUUAUUAUUAUUAUUACAUUUAGUUUGUAAUUAUUAUUAUAAUUAUAUAUACAUAUAUGUGAUGAAUAGGAAUUAAUUAGACUAAGUUCCAUACAGUGUAUUUUUCUUUUCAAGUUUGAGUGCUUUUAUAUUUUUGAUCCAUUU